GGAAUCCCAGAGAGCACACCCCACACAAAGAACCCUAUCCUACAGCUGUCCACAAGUCUGGCAGAGAAGGCUGCUACAUGUAGGCUGCAGGUGUCUGCCCUCUAUGAAGUGAAUGGAAAGCAGAGGAUGCAGGCUGGGGUCUGGAUGGUGAUGUGCUGCUGCUCCAGGAACUGAGAAAUAGCAGCUGGCUGACAGUGGUUCCAGAGCUGCUGUGGAAGGGCAGGGAGUGACGCUGAGCAGCACUGCAUGGAGCCUUUUGUUAGGUUCAGCAUCGAGGCAAGGAGGGCACCACAGGAAACGGGAACACUCAUUACAUGUGACCAAAGGCAAAAGAUUAGAUGAGGCUGCUGAGUUUAUAAGUGAUCCCUCAGAAUUUAAAGAGAAGGAGUUCUGGCAAACGUGGCCUUUUGGUUGGCAAAAAGAUAAAUUUGCUGGACAGUUUUACACAUAUAUACCAACAGUGGGACUACGAACGGAAGGUUUCCAUCUGAUAGCCCUGGCUGCAGGAAGACAGUAGCAAGGGCACCUGUAGCAAGAGCCUCAUUUCAUCCUUUUCUCCCAUCUCUGCGAGCAGCCAGCAGCUCUGUAAAGACCUUUGUAAAGAAGUUAUGGAGCUUCUUGUCUGAAGGGAAAGCUCCCAGCAGUGGGUGUCUUGACACAGAUCACGUUCUUGCAUGUCUUCUUUCCUGUUCAUAUAACUGUAGGUGUUCCUCCUGAGGUGAACUGUCAGUGUCAGCUGUCAUUGCUUCACUGGCUUCAGGGGAGCUGACAGCAAAUCUGUCUGAGAGCCGUCCUGCUCUCUGCAAGUCUGCCUCUGAAACCCAUUCAGCUUUCAGUCCAUGGAAGCACAGGGCUCUCAUCUCCUAAAUCACCAGGAUUCAAACAACUUCAACACAGCUAUCUUAAAUAGGAAUUUCCUCUCCAAGUCUGGGCGGAAUUACGUUCCACCAAUUAGAGAUUCAGGGCACUGAACCACAAAGAGACCCAAACAGGUGUCAGAAAGCACUUUUUGUGUUCUUGUAGUCUUGUUAGCCAACACGAGGUGGGCAGUGUAGCAGCCCCAUUCUGUGCUUGAUACAGGGCCACACACCACAAGUCUUCAUCAGCACAAGAGCCAGAGGUGACCGGUUGUGAAGUACUCCCAAAAUUAAGCGUGAGUGGAGCAUCAGUAUUCUGAAUCUUCGGUGGGACUUAGCUGCCACUAUUGCAUCAAAUACAAACCUGGAUAAUUAUUUAGAUGGCAUCUCAUCCUAAAAUAAUCAGGAGUUUUUAAGCUUCUUGGUACCCUGAUAAGGCAGAACUCAACAUGUUGACAUUUCAAAUAAUGUUAUGCUGAUUGAUAGGUUCAAAUGCUUUCAGAGGUGGCUUAUUUUUUCCUAGGGGAAAAAUAUAUAUGAAGUUCCCGUAUCACCUGGUAGAAGCAAAGGGUCUGUAACUUCUUUCUCUAUUUUCAGCCAGUUUAUCUGCUUGAGUCGCAGCAAUUUAUUUUCUCAGGAUUAGGGCUUCUUUAAGGCCCUCUUAUUCAUGCUGUCUUUCCUCUAAAAUCAGCUGAUUUUCUGGGGAACAGCAAAGAGGCCACUUAAAUUAUAACUCUUUUCAGAAGCCUUAUAUAUUCAGUGGGAUUGUUUGCAAUUAUUGUCAUUGCUAAUUUGAUUAGCUCAAUCUUUCAUGCUUCUCUUGUUUCCUGGAAGACAACAGCUCUGAAGUACUCAUCUCUGCAAUACAAACUGUAAGAGCAGUAAAUCCACGUGCAGUGUCUCUAUUUUGCUUAGUUGCUCCAUGUGUUUUUGGUUAUCUGUGGAGUGAAUUACUCCUUGAGCUCUGAACGCUUCAUACAGAGAACUGCAGCAUUGGGCCCAGGUGGGUUUUUCUUGACUGGGACAUCUCUCUUGUAAAAGACAUCAUCUUUUCUUUCCUGCUGCUCUGAGCACACUGCUGGCAAGCUGGUAUAUGGAGGAAUGGGCUUGAGUCUUAACUUCAGUCCUCUUCACAGUAUAAGCUGCCCAAACUUUCUUUUGAAGCCCAAGGAUGUGACUGCUUAGGUUAAAGAAUGUGAAACUCAGGAGAAAAUGAGCAGUCUUGUACUGUUAAAAGUGACUUAAUCACUGAUGAUCAGUAAUAAAUGGUGCUACUUGUUGGGCAGGGUCUGACUUUGAGGGCACUGUAAUGAAGACUUUGGCAACAGAAAGAGGGAGACAACUACAUUUUUAUAAUUUAGGAGAGAAAUUUCUCUGAGGAGACAUAACUGGGGAUUUGUCUGCAAGGUCACCUACUGCAUUUUCCUUACUUUGUUAAUUCCUUUCCUGGGGGACAGCAUAAAUCCAUUGCAUAUGGGAUAGGACAGAGAGUGAUGACCUGAAGCUGAGGCAGCAAAAAUUGAAGCAAAACAUUGGUAAAAUUAUUCAUGAGCUCUAAUAGUUAGCAUCAAGAACAGAUCAAAUGGUAUGGAUCUGAAGCAACAUUCCUUAAGGGAAUAAAAACUACCAGCAAUUAGCGGUGACAUGCGAAGCAGUGUUACUGGGAAGGGAAUCAAUAUGGAGAAAGCAGCUGUGUUACACAAGGUGCUACGUCUCUCUAUAGGUUCUGCAGCGAAAGAGUUUAAUCUUCAUUAGCAGUGUUGGUAGGAUUGUAUGGAGCUGAUGAACAGAGGGUUUGGAUUUGCCUGAACAACAUUUUUAUCACUGCAGCAAAUGUUGCCAGGAUUAGCAUUAUUUUGAUUGCCAUUAAAUAAUAGGGAGAGUGUUGGAAGGGAGACAAAUUCCCAAAGCACUGGUUUUCUUCUGUUUCUGGAAACGAAACCAGAUACAGAGCAGAUUUUAUUUCCUAAAGUAAAUAAACUUCGGAGCGAAUUCAGUUAAUUGCCAUCCAACAAAAUACCUAUCAGAUGAAAAUUGUUUCUAGGUCAGUGGUGAGAUCUGUGCGAGGAAUUUAAAAGAAAUGCCAAUACUUCCUGGUCAGGAAUUCAGAAAUUAGGAGACAGCAGAAUUACCAUUUCUCAGAAAUAUGUUCAACAGAGUGCAUGAUUGCCAGCUUAUGCCAACAGAGGAUUUCAGUCUGUUUCAGCCUUUGUUGAUCACAGCUGGGAUCAGGAGUGACUGGCAUCAAUAAAGCACCCUUAGCCUAGAAGUACCAAUGGCCAAAAUGUUUGCUUUUGUGCAAGUUCCCCACAUGGGCAUUGCUGCUGUAGCUGGACAGAAGUGACUGUAACAUUUUUAAGGUCAGAUCCUGCAUACCCUAUUUGUGAUAUCUGUCUCUUGGAUUGCAAGGUGGGACGCUGGUGUCUGUGUUCCCUGCUUCUUCCAGUCACUUCAGUUUCCAGGGGCAGUUGUGCUGAUUCAGCCCUGGGGGUUCUCCUUCAUUCUGGGCAGUGCUCACGUUUUGCAAAGCUUUCAGAAGCCACUGUCUAUUGUCAUAUUCUGAAAAGCUCCUUUUGCAUUAAGCUUAUUUCCAAAGACCUAAAUAAUUCAGUAUCACUGCUUUAAGCUGUAUGUCAUCACACAUAUUGCUGACUGCAAGAAUUAAAGUGCAUUGUUAAAGCUGGUCUGUCUGAAUGCAUGAAUGACCAAAGGCUGGGUGCCAGAAGGGCUGCAAGGAUUGUUUCCAUGGGCAUAAGUGCUUUGGUAAUGUCAGCCAUCUGCAGCUCACCCAGUGCCCUGCUCAGCAGAACUGCAGACAAACUGCUCCAAUAGUGGAUGCAGGGGUCUGCUUACCAAUGCGCAUCCUGUUGUCAGGAUCAGCCUUGGUCUGUCGUGGUUUCCUGUCCUGAAGCUACUUUGCUCUGAGUAAAUCCUGGAUCAUACAGCACGGCUGACUGAACAACGGCCCAAUGACUCACAUCAGAGGAACAUCUUCACUUAAGAGGAAGGUUAAAAUCAUGCAGAUCAAUCUAGCUCUUCUGUCCUGGAGCCAAGACAGCGUGCCAUGAAACAACCUCAGCUCAGGCGUUUUGUCUGAAGGCUGUGCUUACCAUGCUCAUCAUGGGCAACUGCCUCCUGCGGGACAGGGCUCAACUCACUGCUGAAAGACUGAGCUGGAAGCAGGCCAGGCUUGAGCCUGUUUUUGUUUACAGCGUGGGUUGAAAUGGAUUGGCAGGUGAACCACACCAGGCUGUCUCAGACCAUAUCUGAGAAGUGAGGCAGGCUAUAAAUACAAAGGCAAACUAAGCCCGUAUGUUUGUAUGUGGUCAAAACAAAGUGGUUUAUCAAAUCAUUGUCUGAUAGCUGAGCUGCAGUAACACUGCUUGCACCCCAGCAGUGAGAUAAAAUCCAUUUUACACAUGAAAUUUGCUGAGAGUGAAUAUGCACUUAGUUACACAAGGUAGCAGGCAGGUGGCAAUUGGCAGUAAUAUAUUCACUUUCAACUGUGUGCCUGUGCUUUGAGAUGAUGAGUGACUACAAAAUGCAAAUUAACCACUGUUAACGAGGAAGAGGAGCCAGGAUGCUGCUGUUGUUUUUUUUUUCCUGUAGGUUUUAUGUGGAUCAGGCUCAGCUGGAACGGACUCACAUUUGUGUUCAGCAGCAAAGGCAGUGAAGAUGCAGGAACAGCCCUGAGCACAGUGCAGGUGCUGCUGAUGGGUAAAAGCGGGUCUGGGAAGACCAGCAUGAGGUCCAUUAUCUUUGCAAACUACAUUGCCAGAGACACACGACGCCUGGGUGCCACGAUUGAUGUGGAGCACUCCCAUGUUAGAUUUCUAGGAAACCUGGUAUUAAACCUCUGGGACUGUGGAGGACAGGACACCUUUAUGGAGAACUACUUCACCAGUCAACGGGACAACAUCUUCCGCAACGUAGAAGUCCUCAUCUAUGUCUUCGAUGUGGAAAGCCGUGAGCUGGAGAAGGACAUGCACUACUACCAGUCAUGCUUGGAGGCAAUUCUUCAGAACUCUCCCGAUGCAAAGAUCUUUUGUCUAGUGCACAAGAUGGACUUGGUGCAGGAGGAUCAGCGGGACUUGAUUUUUAAAGAGCGUGAGGAAGACUUGAGGCGCCUUUCCCGUCCUUUGGAAUGUGCUUGUUUUAGAACUUCCAUCUGGGAUGAAACGCUUUACAAGGCUUGGUCCAGUAUAGUCUAUCAGCUGAUCCCAAAUGUCCAGCAGCUGGAGAUGAACCUGAGGAAUUUUGCUCAGAUCAUUGAGGCAGAUGAAGUGCUUCUGUUUGAGAGAGCCACUUUCCUGGUCAUUUCUCACUAUCAGUGCAAAGAACAGCGGGAUAUCCACAGAUUUGAGAAAAUCAGCAACAUUAUUAAACAAUUCAAACUAAGUUGCAGUAAGCUGGCGGCUUCUUUCCAGAGCAUGGAGGUCAGGAACUCUAACUUUGCUGCUUUCAUUGACAUCUUCACAUCAAAUACAUACGUGAUGGUGGUGAUGUCAGACCCUUCAAUACCUUCUGCAGCUACGCUGAUCAACAUCCGCAAUGCCAGAAAACACUUUGAGAAGCUGGAGAGAGUGGAUGGACCAAAGCACAGCCUGCUUAUGCGCUGAACGUUGGCCAAUGCACAUGGUCUUUGGCAGGAGAAGUGGAUUGGAACUACUUUUUUUUUUUUUUUUCUUUUUAGGAGAAUCUAACCAUGUGGAUGUAUUUGUGGGCUUUGAAAUGAGUGUGCUGCUUACCACCGCAAUCUUUAUUGUUUCUCCUUUUAACGUUGGACACUAUCACACAGAUGGUCUGGAUACACUGCGGACCUUCAAAAGAGACUCCUGGCAUUUAUGGGGUUGGGAAGAAGUAAGGACAGGUGAUGAGCACGUGGUCUCAUGCUCCUGGUUGUCAGUGGCAUGUGGCAGAGCCUUUUUGGAUGUUUGCUCCCAGGUGAUCAUACAAAUCACAGGGAUGAAGUAUUUACUAUUUUAUUGGUAGGUUGCUAGAAUACAUUUAUAAAUUUCUCCUUGUCUUCAGUCAUGAAAAUAAAUUUUUGCUACCAGGGAUUUCAGAUCCUGGAGCUUUGGAAAGUGGGUUUUCUUUCUUCUAAGACCCAGGGCAGCUUUGGCAAGUAGAUGUGUAACAGCUGUGUUUUUCCUUUCACAGUGUUCUGGAGGUCAUUGACUGAAGGUCAUUCCAAAGUUUCAUUUGAGAUUUUCUUUUUUCCAUGCUGAGGCAAAAUUUGCAGGUAAAGCAGUCAAGGAUGACAUUGGCCUUUCAACACUUUCUGGAAUGAUUGAAAGAUAACAGUAAAGAGGAACCAAAGGCCACGCAGCAAUAGUCCUGGGAUGGUCAGUCUCCCUGCUGGGGAUGAUGCAGGUACACAGGAUCUGAAGGAUGUGGCAGCUCUGGGCCAUGUGUGCAUGAGCUAUAUUAGCUGUGUUUGUGACGAGUCAGUUGGGCAGUAUCUGGCACUGGUAUGUCUUGACAUUAAGUCCACUUUAAAUGAAUUCUUGUGUGUGGUUCAGUUAAACAUAGGAAGAAUGGAAGUGCUGUGAGUUAGGGGAAUCUGACUUGGGUGGGAGCCGAUGCUUGUCAGCAUCUCUUCCUUUAUUUCUUGCUGCAUCCAAUUGCUCUAUAAAAGAGGGUGUGGUGACUCAGCCUGGCUCUCCAACUCUGCAUUCACAAAAUCAUGCUUUCCCCCCGAUCUCUGUCCCACACACUGGGAAAAUGCCUGCAAGGGUGAGCUGUGAUAUGGGACCUAAGAGCAGGAGCGCAGAUCUCAGCUGGAGAGCUGAGGCUGGGCUGCACACAAGAUCUUCCAUCAAUUCUAAAUCUUCAUGGUAUUAAACACCCCUGUCUUGCACCACCUACUCAGCAGAUGUGUUUGUGAUCUGUAGGACUGGCAUUGUCUUCAAUGAGCAUCAUCAAGGAAGCAUCCCUGUAGGAGAGAAGCAUAGGUGCUGGUUACAAAUUGAAAUGUCAGUUUCUAGGGAGCUUCUGAAUGGGUUUGAGAUGCAGCAGAGGGUUUCUGCUUGUCUUCAGUGCUUGCAGGUUCAUGUGCUGGAAUGGGAGCAGCAGAUCUCAUGCACUGUGUGGCUGCUUUUUGAUGGGCUGGAGCGAGCCGAUCGCAGCUGCAGGUGCUCCUGUGGAUGCUCCCACAGUGCUCUGAGGUCAGUCCCUGCUUUUGCUCUGCUCUCAUCAUGGGUUUCUGCACCCAAGCCCUGUCCAGCAGAGGAAGAGGAUGGGUUGCUGCCCAGAGGUGUGCUGUUGGAGCCUCAGAAAGGUUGGUGUCAGGUGCCUCCAAGAGUUGCGUGUGCAGGAGAUGGACUGAGAGCUGCAGUGCUGGUGUGGAUCCUGGCACUUUCUGCUCAGACUACUUUCUCCUAGCAGGCAGCUGUUCUGCAAUGAUGAGGCCAGGAUGGAGGGAAACGCUGCCUUAUUUCCAUGGUUACAAACCAAGCAGGGUUAUCUCGUGCUGUGUGUGAGAGCAGACUGGGAGGUGCCACUGGGUUUCUUUGCAGGAUAAACUGCUUGGUGUGUGAAGGGGGGAUGGUGCUGGGGGUAAGUGGGAGGGGGAGAGGGAGGGGAAGCAGGUAGUGGUGGUGUGGGGGGAGCUGAUCAGAAACAGAUGGGAGCAAAGUGCUGUUGCAGGUGUCCUGGCCUGCUGAGCCUCCACAGUCUGAUAUGAUGACAGUGGCUGAUGUGCUGCUGUUCUCUUAUUCGGAAUGUGUUUUCCUCAAGCAUAUGCAUGUUGGGGGGUUCUUUGGAAAUCAGUAGUUUGCUCUCUGGCAGAAGUGCUGCUGGUGCUUCUCCAUGCACGAGAUGUCAAGCAAGCAGCUGCAGUGCUGAUGGAAAUAAGCUGAUGGUUUCAUCUCAACGUGACACAUCUUUUGGAGGAACUGCGUUAUGUUUGAUUGUCUCUCUCCUAAAAGAAUACCUGGGGGCCUUUUCUGGAACCUGGAGUUGCUGCCAGCAAAGCAACCAGGUUUGGUGGGUCAGGUGCCCUCACCCUGCUUUGCAGUACAUUCCUCUUGGGUACUGGGGGCAGUAGCAAGCUCCCCCCUGCACUGGCUGCUUUGCAGAAUCUUGCCAUCCUAAACAAUCGAUGUUGCACACAUCUGGUCCCAGAGUGCCAAGCUCUGCUUUUGGUCAGGUUUUAGAGGUCUAUCCUUUGGGGCCUGUCCAUUGAAGCAGUCAACAUUCCAUGUUGUGAAUGUUACUAGUAUUUUGAGCACAGCAAAUUCCCCGCUUGGCCCCAUUUCCAAAUAGCAGGGACUGCUGUGAGACUGAGGAGCAAACUGCAGGGCUGCUGGGAGCGCUUGGCUGUCCUCCCUACAGCAGGGAGUGCCACUGUAUGCUCUUUGCUUGCGGAUUUUCUGACUGCUUCCUUCCUGCUGCUUGGACUGAAGGAAGCAUAGACGAAAAGAAUUUCAUUUUUGUAUUUUUAACCAAAAUGAGGAUAUAUUUGAAACAUGGGAGCUGAAAAUGAAUCA